GAAGGCAUAUUAUUCAUUAUUUGGAAUAGACGUGCUCUCAAGACAAUGGCUUCAAAGGUCUCCUGUUUAUAUGUUUUGACAGUUGUGUGCUGGGCCAGCGCUCUUUGGUACUUGAGUGUAACUCGUCCUACUUCUUCCUACACUGGCUCCAAGCCAUUCAGCCACCUAACAGUUGCCAGAAAAAACUUCACCUUCGGCAACAUAAGAACUCGACCUAUAAACCCACAUUCUUUUGAAUUUCUUAUAAAUGAGCCCAACAAAUGUGAGAAAAACAUUCCUUUCCUUGUUAUCCUCAUCAGCACUACCCACAAGGAGUUCGAUGCCAGGCAGGCAAUCCGAGAGACGUGGGGAGAUGAGAACAACUUUAAAGGGAUCAAGAUAGCCACUCUCUUCCUCCUGGGCAAGGAUGCUGAUCCUGUUCUGAAUCAGAUGGUAGAACAAGAGAGUCAAAUCUUUCAUGACAUUAUCGUGGAGGACUUCAUUGACUCCUAUCAUAACCUUACCCUCAAAACAUUAAUGGGGAUGAGAUGGGUGGCCACUUUUUGUUCAAAAGCCAAGUACAUCAUGAAAACAGACAGUGACAUUUUUGUAAACAUGGACAACCUUAUUUAUAAACUCCUGAAGCCCACCACCAAGCCAAGGAGAAGAUAUUUUACUGGCUAUGUCAUCAAUGGAGGGCCAAUCCGGGACGUCCGUAGUAAGUGGUAUAUGCCCAGGGAUUUGUACCCUGACAGUAACUACCCACCAUUCUGUUCGGGGACUGGCUACAUCUUUUCAGCUGAUGUGGCUGAACUUAUUUACAAGACCUCACUCCACACACGGCUGCUUCACCUUGAAGAUGUAUAUGUGGGAUUGUGUCUUCGAAAGCUGGGCAUACAUCCUUUCCAGAACAGUGGCUUCAAUCACUGGAAAAUGGCCUAUAGUUUGUGUAGAUAUCGCCGAGUUAUCACCGUGCAUCAGAUCUCUCCAGAAGAAAUGCACAGAAUCUGGAAUGACAUGUCAAGCAAGAAACAUCUCAGAUGUUAGGAUUUUUACCAAUGUAAAUACGUUUCUUUUCUUUUUUAAGAAAUGGGGCCUAAGAUAUUGGUGUUUUACAGGUGUCACCAGGGGACAUGAACCAGAGA